AUGUCUGCGAAUGAUCUUAUCCGGUCUCAACCAUUGUCUGAUCCCAAGUUCGACCUUCCAGUCGAGUUUCUGGAGCAGCAGUUGAGGGACACUCUCAUCUCUUCAGAGCAAGAGUCUACAUCUACAUUCAUAUCUACUCCAGAACAGGUUCCUCCACUAGAGGAACGUACAUUCCCGAAUUGUGAUAUCCCGACAGAGAUCUGGCUCGCCAUCUUUCGCUACGCCAUCGACGCCAUGAUUCAGGACUACAUAAACGAGCCAUUGCGACUAAAGCAGUUCCUUUUUCCACCUCCGAAUCACGCUCUCACACGAGAGGCGGAUACGGUUACCUACGCUCGAAAUCGUGCACAAAGUACCCUCGCCCAGUCCUCCACCGCGACCAACCAGAAGCCCAUCACGCUUCUACUCGACGUCUCUGAGCGCUUUGAUAGCAAGGAAUCAGAGCUACGCUACUUAAGAGAUCGACAGAGAUCUCGUCUCGCAGAGCCUGGUCGGAACCUUGAUGGUCGUGAGCUGCUCUUAUUCCCUGAGGGUGGUUAUGACGUCCAUCUCUUCUUGCGUCCUGCGAAUUUGCAAAUGAAGAGACCGACCUGGCGAGUACAUCCGAAAGCUCCGACGGAGAUUCGACACGUCGUCCGUAUUGGAGGAAAGCACUCGCCAAAGCCAACCUCGUUGACCAUUCAUUGGCCUCGACGGAGCAGGUUUAGUGCACAAAUACAUUCAUUGAUCCGCUCUUAUCAACCACAACAUCUCACCCUGGUGGACAACUUCCCGGACUGGGAAGAUUUUCGGGUUCCAGGUAUCAAAAGCAUUCGGCUAAAGACGACAGAGACGCAGAGGCACAUUGCACUCGAAUGGAUGAUCCUUCCAUUUUUACAAGAGCUCUAUGUUCAUUCGUGUCGGCUUGACAUCAGCGCGUAUUUCCCGUCGAAUCUUCCCACCCCUCUGACGAGGCUACGUGUGUUGGGCAUUACGCCAGUACAUGUAUCAUUCUUGACAAGGAUCGAUUUUCCCUGCUUGGAGACCGUCAUCUUUUACCCACCCAACAUCAAACCGCGCGCACGUCGUCUCGGGGAAGAGUGGACGACGACGUUGGCCGGGGUGAUCAAAUCGAUAACCGCGCUCGAAUUCGAAGGCUGGCCUGCAAAAUAUCAGCGGAAUGUCGUUUAUCAUUCCAUUGUCCCUCUUUGCCUCGCGCUUCUCCAUCAACUUCCUCAUCUGCAGAGGGUGACGUUCCGUCAGAGUUUUGUUUGGGCGGAGGGGUUGGUGGAAAGAUUACCUGCCACUUUGGGUUUAAAGGUCGGUGCGCAACUGGAAGAGCUCGUGCUCGAUGAGUGCAUUGGCGUUACGCAGGCGCAUUGCGACGCGCUCGCAGCAGUAGUUAGCAAAAUAAAAGUCUUUUAA